AAAUAUACAGAAGCAGCGUUCUGUCAACAGUGACUUCGUUCUGGUAGUUAUGCAUAGUAUAGAUUAUUUUUUUCGUGAAGUGAAGAAGAAGAAGAAAAAGAGAAGGCAAUGAAUGGUAAAGGUAGUAAUUAUUACAUAAAAACAUUAGCAACUGAAAUAGGAAAUAGAGUAAAGCUAGCAGCAAGAAACAGAGGAAAAGGAUGGUACACUCCUUUUAUGGCAGCUGCAUCUCGAGCCAUUGCAGAACGAAUCCCAUUGGUUGAUUUCGUUGUUGAAGUGAGAGAUGCUCGGAUUCCGAUGUCUUCAGAAUGUCAGCUGUUGAGUAAUGAUAUGCCUUCGUCUCGCCGAAUUAUAGUGAUGAACAAAAUGGACCUUGCUAAUCGCUCCCAACUCAAGGAUUGGGUCAAAUAUUUUGACCAGCGAAACUACAUUUCUUGUGUGCUCAAUUCUCAUAAUAAGGAUAGUGUCAAACUGUUUCUCAACUUCUUACAAGCUCAAAUUAGAGCAUUGAAGAACAUUGAUCAUUCUAGUCAUACCGUAACAAUAAUGUUGGUGGGCACUCCAAAUGUUGGCAAGUCAGCUCUAGCCAAUUCCUUGCAUCAGAUAGGAAGGAUCAGUGCUGCAGAGAAAGGAAAGUUGAAGCAUGCAAUAGUGAGUCCACAUCCUGGAGAGACAAAAGAUAUCAGCAGCUUAAAGAUUGGUAGCCAUCCCAAUAUUUAUGUGCUGGACACGCCAAGUAUUUUGCCGCCUCAGAUUCGUGAGGCUGAGGUCUGCACCAAGCUAGCUUUAACAGCAGGAGCAAUUGAAGACUGUUUGGUUGGAGAAAAAGAACUUGCUCAGUUGUUUCUUGCCAUUCUCAACCUAAGCGAUGAAUACAAGAAAUGGACGAAUUUGUUGCUCCAUGAAUAUGAUAAAUCAUUUGCAAACCACAAAACAGAAUGUUCAAGUGACAGACAAUUGGACACAAAAGAAAAAAAACAAUAUGUAACAGAUCAUACGCAGGAUUUCAUAGUGAAUGAUGCUCGUCGAGUGCUUUUCGAAAAGAUUUCAUGUUUUAAUGGUGACAAGCAAAAUGAAGUGGAUUUAGAGAAGCUAAUCAGGCUACAGUUCACUGCCUUGGCAGAAGCUUUUCGCUUGCCUCCAGAAUUAGGGGAUGAUGCUGAUAGUAAGGUUGCUGCCAAGUUACUUAAUCUAUAUCGUACUGGAAGGCUAGGACAUUACACUUUAGAUCCUCUUGAUAUGUAACAACAGAUUUGGCAACUAACGAACAUAAUACUGAGAAUAUAGGGUAUUAAUGAAUAUAUGAAUGAAACAACGACAUUAACCA